AUGAAGAAAUGCCCGAACGUUUUGAGGGAACUCGUGCGGGCCGGACCGAAGUUUCUCCGUGAGGACCACGGUCCAAAGUGUGACUGGUUACUCAACUUCGAGGUUUCACAGUUCACACCGCCGAUGAGUGAGGCACAGAUCACUAGGAGUCUCGAGGCGUACAUAUUGUGGCUGCUUGGAAAGGUCAUGUUCACAGAGAACCAUCAGACCACCAUCAGCAGGCGCUUCAUCCCCAUUGCACUGGAGAUAGCAGAGGCACAAACCGCCGACGACAUCAUACAGCGGAGUUGGGGUUCCGCGGUUCUAGCAGCCACAUACCGAGGUUUGUGCAAUGCUUGUACACUUGUCUCCCCCAAGUCUGGGCUUCUUGGCUGCCCACUGUUGUUGCAGCUGUGGUCCUGGGAGAGGUUCCCGAUUGGUCGGCCAGACAUAGAUGCUGAGCGCCCUUUCGGGGCAAACGAGUUGGAUGAUCCGGACCACAUCGAUAUCCCUACUUUCGGCAUACUUUGGACACGUCGCGAGAGACGAUUUGCUCGCGACCACCUCCUUCCACCGCGACCCUCCACACAGCAGCAGCGACGGCCACAUCUCACACCGACCGUGACACCCAGACCACCGCCUCCUGGCCGGGCAGGAGGUUCGUCGUGGCAGCAGCACACUCCUUCCGUCGACGACUAUCAGUACCAGCAACACGGAUCACGGCCUCGUCUCACGCCGACGGCGACACCCAGACCACCACCUCCUGACCAGGCAGGAGGUUCGUCGUGGCAGCAGCAUCACACUCCUUCCUUCGACGACUUGCAGUACUAUCAGCAGCAAGCUGCUUUCGACCAGUGGCAGCAGCAGCAAGCCCCUUUCAUGGGAGGAGCUGGAUACACACAGGGAUACACGCAGCACACUGCGUCCAAUCCUUCAUGGGGAGCUAGUGAUCAGGAUCCUGAGCACAUGGAGUAUUACAGCACACAGCAGAACUAUGUCGGUAUGCAGACUCCUCCACCAGAGCCCACGCAGGAGACACAGUACGACCCCGAGUCCGGUUCCUGGAUCCCUGCUCGCAUAACCAGGGCUCCGGACAGGUUCGGUUGGACACCCCGUGCUACGCCGCCCCCACGAAACCCUAGACGCCGUCCAUAAUCUCAGAUAUUUAU